UCAUAAACUGAUACGAAAAAGACGUAGUUGUAUCGAAGUGGUGUAUUUUUAGGGAAUCUCCCCAGCUAAGGCAUAUCCUAGCCUAGAUAUGUAUAUCGUUCAUUUUCCUUGUGCCUGAAAACUACAGUGACGCUGGAUACACUUCAACGAACGACACUGUGGGCUUAUCAUUCCUUUGUCUGAGCGGUUGACAUCGUUUCCUUGAACGGGGACAGAGAGCUGAAAAUAAGAAAGAAAUAGAGGGCAAUAGCUUUCUCUUCGUGUAUAGCCGUAGCGCACAGGACGGCGGCGAAUACAAGGUGGAGCAGCAGAGACCGCAGUUCCCGGUACUGAAGACGGACACGAGAGCUCAUUUUCUCUUCAAUCGACGGAGGGCGGGGUCUCGUAGCAUCAGCGCUCUCAUUGUAUGUCGGCUGCUGAUGCUGAGCAGUAGCGGAAAAAAAACCCAGGGCCAUGGAUACGGUUUUAAAAACCCUAGGCCUUAAUUACACGCUCUACUGUCUACUAAGAUAAUGAGGAAGAGGAAGAACUGGAAACCUCGGGAAGUCUCUAUGAAAGCAUUGGAGGAGCUGUAGUAUUCGACUCAAUGGCGAAGAAGGGCCGUACCAAGGGCGAGAAGCCCGAAGCGCUCAUCUCUGCCCUACAGGCGGCUAACGAAGAUCUCAGGUCCAAACUGACUGACAUUCAAAUAGAACUGCAUCAAGAGAAAUGCAAGGUGAGUAAGUUGGAGCGUGAGAAGGUGCAAGAGUGCAAGCGGAUCCGGGAGCAGGAGCAGCACCGGCACACGGCCACGCUGACAGAGCAGCGAGCCAAAUGGCAUGAGGAGAAGCAAAAAGAGCUCCAGGCACUCAGGGAGAACCUGGUCCGCCAGCACGAGCAGGAGCAGGCCCGGGUGGCCAAGAUCAAGGACCAGGAGAACCAGCGGCUCAAGGCGGCGCUGAGUGCCAUGCGGGACGGCAGCGGAGAGAAGGUGCGCACGGCACUGACCCUAGAGGCCAAGGAGGAGGCACGCCGCUUUUUCGACGUGGAGAGGGUCAAGCUGCUGCAAGAGAUCUCGGAGCUCAAGCAGAACAAAAAGCAGACGGACGAGGCACUCAGUACCAUGAUUCAGGCGGAUAAGAUGAAGGCCGGGGAUCUGCGCUCCGAGCAUCAGAUGCAUCAGGAACAGAUCUCCAAGAUCAAGUGGGACAGCGAGAAGGACAUCCGCAGACUGGUGGAUGAGAUCAAAUCCAAAGAGCGCACCAUCUUCUCUCUGGAGAAGGAGCUGGAGAAUGCCAUUGGCUUGCAGCAGAAGAUGCAGAUGCAAAAGGAUGCCCUGGAUGACCAGCUAUUCCUGGUCAAGGAGGCAGAGUGUAACCUGGGCAGCCCCAAGAGAGAGAUCCCCGGGCGGGCUGGGGACGGGGCGGAGCACUGUGGCAGCCCGGUACGACAUAGAAAGGCAGAGGGGAACUUGGAAAUGGACAUGCGCAGGAACCAGAGACGCAUGGCUGACCUCAACUCCACCAUCCGCAAGCUGGAGGACCGCAACUCACUGCUAGUGGAUGAGAGGAAUGAACUGCUAAAGCGUGUGCGGGAGUCGGAGAAGCAGUGCAAGCCCAUGCUGGAAAAGAACAAGAUGCUGAACAAGAGGAACGAUGACCUCAGCCAGACCCUGCAGCGCAUGGAAGAGAAACUCAAAGGCCUGGCCAAGGACAACCUGGAGAUGAAGGAGAAGAUCAGCUCCCACCCACCAUUGAAGAAAUCCAACUGUAAGUCUCUGAAUGACCUGGACCAGGCACAUGACGACCAGGAGAUUGAGUUCCUUAAGCUGCAGGUACUGGAGCAGCAGAGCAUCAUCGACGAGCUGACAAGAGACAGGGAAAAGCUCCUGCGGAAGAAGAGGCAUAAACGAAGCAACAGGCAAAUAAAGAGGCACAUUGUAGUGGACACCUUCUUCGGAUACGAUGAGGAAUCCAUGGACUCGGAGACGUCCUCCGUGGCUUCGUUUCGCAUGGACCGCACCCCAGCCACUCCCGAUGAAGACCUGGAUGAGGGACUGGCUAACGAGGAGUCAGAGCUGCGCUUCAGGCAGCUGACCAGAGAAUACCAGGCCUUACAGAGGGCAUACGCCCUGCUACAGGAACAUCAAGGGGGCCUUCUAGACGCUGAGAUGGAAGCUAAGGCUCAGGAGCAGCUCCAUGCAGACGUUCUCAGGUACAAGGCCAAGAUAGAAGACCUGGAGAAGGAGCUCGCCCACAAAGGACAGGACUCCAAGUGGGUAGAGGAGAAACAGCUGUUCUUCCGGAGGAAUCAGGAGCUGCUGGAUAAGGUGGAGAAGUUGGAUGGAAAAUGUAGUCGACAGCAACAGGAGCUGCAAGACUCCAAGGACCAGAAUGAGCUCCUGGAAUUCAGAAUACUGGAACUAGAGGAGCGUGAGCGGAAAUCCCCUCCGUUUAAUCAUCUCCGCAUGCAUCCGUUCUCCGAGGGUGUCAGCGCCCUGCAGAUCUACUGCAUGAAGGAAGGAGUGAAGGAUGUCUGUAUACCUGACCUGAUCAAGCUGCUAGACAUUCUGGGUGAUAACGGGAACUUGCGAAAUGAGGAGCAAGUGGCCAUUAUUCAAGCUAGCACUGUCCUCUCUCUUGCUGAAAAGUGGAUACAACAGAUCGAGGGCACAGAGGCAGCGCUGCACCAGAAGAUGAUGGAUCUGGAGCUAGAGAUGGAGAUGUUCUGCAAGCAGAAAGGCUAUUUGGAGGAGGAGCUGGAUUACAGGAAGUCAGCCCUGGAUCAGGCCUACGUGCAAAUCCAGGAGCUGGAGGCUACUCUGUACAACGCACUGCAGCAGGAUAAGGUGAUCGGAUACGGCGAGCCUCUCAGUGACAUGCAGAAGGAUGAGCUUCGUACGUCCGUGGAGAAGUUACGCAGGCAGAUGCUGAGGAAGAGCCGAGAGUUCGACUGUCAGGUUCUGGCUGAGAGGAUGGAGCUGCUCCACCAGGCCCAUCAGAGAAUCCGGGACUUGGAGGAUAAGACAGACAUCCAGAGGAGACAGAUUAAGGAUCUGGAGGAGAAGCCUGGAGAUUGUGUUUGUGACCGCAGUGGUUUUCAUUUUUUGGUGAAGCGAGUCAUCUUUUUGGCUCGUGUGGUAAUAGUGAGUGGUAAUGGACAUGGCUGGGAAUUCACACCUCUUUGAUUUGGGGCCUCACUCUGGAGAUACACACCAUGUAUGCUGCACUGUCCUGGUCCUUGGAACAUGGAACUUCCCUAAACUCAGUGGGGUAACUGGAACUCAUAUACUCAUAUACACUGGACACGCUAACACGAACAUACUGGAAACACACACACACACAUACACAGGCAGACCAGGGCCCCACACACAUCACACGUGCGCGCCCCCACACACACACACAUACAUACACACACCAAACUCACUCACGGACAUCGUGGAAAGCAAAUUCCGGGAGAUCUUAUCUCUGCCAUGCAGGGGAACGCUACACCACCUACCACCGUCUGACUACACCCAGACUACACCAAGACUACACCCAGACUACACCCAGACUACACCAAGACUACACCCAGACUACACCAAGACUACACCCAGACUACACCCAGACUACACCAAGACUACACCCAGACUACACCAAGACUACACACAGACUACACCCAGACUUGAGACAAGAGAGGAAAGGAAAGGCUGCUGUAGGCUUCAUCAAUAGGCCUCACCAGACUACAGAGUCCUUACUCCCUCCCUCCCCUCUCCCUCUUAUAAACCCGAACAGACACUCAUAUGUGUGAACGCACCCCUUCACAGGAGUGACGAGACCUGACUCAGGGCCUGUGAGCAUGGUGACUGACUGAUCUGAUGGUGACUGACUGACUGUUCUCUGACCAGGAGACGCGGGACAUGGGACACUCAGGACAAUGUGUCUCCUCUGGUCGGAAGCAGAUCAGGGGACGGCAGAGCGAGAGAGAAGGAUGGGAGAGAGAGGAUCCACUAUGUGCUCACACACUGACCGGGCUUCUGUUUUGAGACCUUCACUUUCUUUGUUUUAAACCAGCGGACAGAGUGGACAUCUCUGGUUCUACUUCUUUUCCUUUCGGAACAAAACCAACGGUCCCAGUCGAUCCCCAUGUACCAAGAUUUCCACAGAGAAAAAAAGACCCUCUCUAUAUACAUGUGUUGAUAUGUACAUUGUGUCUUGAUGAUUUCCUGUCGUUUCUUUCCUUCCUUCUGUGAAUAUGAACGCUGUCCCCUCUACUGUAGAGCUGCUCGGCAGUUUCUAAGUACCACAGCGUAUGAAUUUGCUCUGUUUAUUGUGGCGACAGCUGCAAAUGAACUCUAUUUCCUGGAUUGUACUGAACUUAAAAUAAUUGGUAUAAUAAUAUUUUCCUCCCCCCUUUUCCCUGUCACACUCCCUCUAUUUUGGACUCUUUCAAGAUAAUCAAGUGUAGCCCACCAGCAGGAGUUUCGUGGUUUAUACUGAAUGACGUUUAACACUCCCUUUAAAAGAACAGAACAAGCUGUAAAUUCUACAUCCUGGUUACCUACUUACAUCCUAAACAGCUUUCUGUCUGAUUAUGGUCAUUGUCAUCUCAGCAAAGUGACCAUGAAUACUGCACAGUACCUCUUGCAGCAAUGACGUGUCAUUUGCUUUGCUCUAUUUCACUAACACCUUUUUCAGCACCAUGGACACCACAGGGGUUAGUUCUAACCUUCCUACCACCCCCCCCCCCCCUUCUCCAAAUUGAAAUAGGAGAAAGUUGAUGCAAUGUAUACCUGCCUGGUUCUGCUUCUCUCCUUUCACCCUGACUAUGUCCUGGUGCUGCAAUAUUAACUACCUAUCCCGUCCAACCGCCUCACCCACAUCCACCCGAGCUAGCUUCCCCUCCCGACCCUAUUCAGAGGCCUAGGAAUCUAAGGCAUCCCAUUACAUACCUGUACAUACAUGAACGUGGCCCACUUCUGUUACGUUACAAUGUAGGGGGAAUGAUUGACACUAUUUUGGAGCAAACUCCGCUAACUAGCAAUUGCCUUAAAUGCGCUAUCCCCAUCAAUUUGUACUUUCUUUUUAAUGAUUAUGUUUUUGGUCCGUUAAUAUGAUUAUGUAACGUUGUACAUUUCUGUUCACCGAGGACAUUGUUUUGUAAAUCUUUACCCUCCUGUUUUCCAAUGAGAAUUUAACCCCCUCCUCUUCUUUCAAGUAUAUAAAAAAAAAUAUUUAAAAAAGGGAUCAUGAUGAAAAUAAAAGUGAAUGGAGUUCA